AUGCUGAAAUAUCCCGAGGAGCAGAGUAACGUGGGUGUCCCGCCUAUAGGCCGGUGGGUGUGGAGUGAUGACACUGGGACAGUGGAGUUUGUCAGUUCUGGUCCAACAGAGGAGGGCGUUUUGAGGAAAAGAAGGCAAAGUAAUGUCAAUUUCAAUGAUCUCCAGCAGCGAUCAGAGUGGUUGGCUGAGGUCUGCACUCUGAACGGUAGAGGGCGCCAAAGCAUUAGAAAGAGCCUGAGCCCUGCUCAUCUGAAUGCAUAUAGGGCCUCGGUGAUGAAGAGUCAAGGGGACCGCAUCACCACUGAUGAUGUUAAACGGGUCGCUGUCAGUUUGCUACAAGAGAAUUACUCGCUUCCCAUUCCAUUCUGCUUCUUGGCUAUAUUGAAGAGUAAAGAGCUGGAUGAAGUUUUAGCCGCCCUUCUCCUUUACCUGUCUUAUUUCUUCGAACUGAAGUCUCUGGAGAGUACAUCGCAGUCAUUGAUGGCUGUAGACAUCACCUCAGAGCACAAGAUGAUGAUGGAGACUUUGGCCAAAAAGGAGAUUGCUCAAAAGAAGCUGGCUGUUUGCUACUUCAGCUUCAUCAUGGACCUGGAGUUGGAACAACAAUCGUCAAAUCACAAGGGCCUGAUGUUGUCAAACAGUACAGAAUGGCUGCUGCAUGCGUGCUUGUACAGCUUUUUCUGUUGUGCUGCCUGGGUGACGUUUGGCAGGAAGGACCUGAGGGACAUCCAAGAGGAGGUGGGGCGUCUUUUGUACUCCGACACCUUCAACACAGCAGUGAGGAAAAGGUCUGAUGGGGCCUCAGGAAUGACCUUCGCCGACGUUAAUGGUUCAGUGAAGACGGGAGAGGCUGACCCCAAGGAGACGGGAAGUAAUAGCACAUUCAAGCACAGAACGUCCCAGAGGUGUCCGGCCCUCAGCAGUAUAGUUAAUCAGCGUUCCCCACUGAUGGUAUCUCUGCUGCCCUCGCCCAAAGAACGAUCACCCCAUCUGUUCCCCAGCAGCCGGGCCAGGAGGCAGAGCCCGCCACAGGCCGAGCACUGUGACACCAAGGCCUUGACGGAGCAGCUCAACGAGCAGCUGGCCAGUGUCAGCUUUGGGAUUCUUGGCAAGCCGUUGAAGCACUUAAACCGCAGUACCUUGAUACCCAAUGGAGAACAGAAAAACAACCGAGGUGAGGGUGACAGCCGCGACCCAGAGAGUGAUGUUAAUAACAACAGCGAGGAUCAUCCUGGCAUCCACACUGGAGGUAGCAGGUCGUCCUUAAUGGAACCCAAGAUGACAGGCCUCGCCAGAUACAGCAGCACCACCCACAUAAACACCAGAAACUCUACAGCUACCGUCCCUUGUCACACUGACUGUCCCUUGUCUGUGACAAGGAUGUAGUUGGAGCAAGCUGUGUCACUCCCACUAACCUACCCGACUAAUUUGCAUGCUACCAAGGUAUGGGAAUUAGCUAUCAGGCCACUAUGUAAACUCUUUUUUCAUGAGGCCUACAGAUGAGCUAGAUCUUAAAGAAAUUAUCAAAAACAUGAAAAAUCACAUACAGCAGGGCUGCCGGGAUAUGCAGUAAAAUCUUGAUAGCUAUAAAAAACUUCACUGUAAAACCGCUUGCUCAUUGUAUUGAUUUGUCUUUACUUCAUGGUGUUGUGCCAAAAAUGACCAAAAAAAUGACCAAAAUUGCCAGAAUCAUUCCUAUUUACAAAACUGGUGACAAAAAUGAUAUCAGUAAUUACCAUCCAUUCUCUGUUUUACCAACUUUAUCUAAAGUACUGGAAAGAGUUGUGUAUAAUAGACUAAGUGAUUAUUUGGAUAAGCUGCAUAUAGUUCUCAGUAUGGCUUCAGCAAAAGAGUUCAAUAUGCAUGGCUAUUUUAGAUCUCAUUGAAAAAAUGAACGAUGCAGUUGUUAAGGGAAAUUGUGGUGCUGGCAUCUUUUUAGAUCUCUCAAAGGCAUUUGACACAGUUGAUUUUGAAAUUUUACUGGGGAAAUUGAACCAUUAUGGCAUUAGAGGAAUGGCACAUAGCUGGUUUAGAAGCUACCUUUCUAGUAGGCAACAAUUUGUAAAUAUAAAUAACCAAAAAUCGCAAAAUAUGGAUAUCAAAUAUGGAGUCCCCCAGGGUUCAAUUUUAGGGCCAUUACUCAUUCGUAAAUUCUUCUAAAAUCCUACACAGUCAUUUUUGCUGAUGAUACCAAUUUAUUUUUAUCACAAACAAAUACAUUUGAAUUACAGGAAUUACUCAACCCUGAAUUACAGAAAAUUUUGGUUCAAAUGUAAUAAGUUAUCUCUCAACAUCAGCAAGACUAAUUUCAUUGUCUUUACAUCCAAUAAAAAGCCAUCUGAUAUGGAUCACAUACGUCUCAAAAUAAAUGAUAAGGAGUUAACUCGAGUAGUCUCAACAAAGUUCCUUGGGGUGCUCAUAGAUGAGUCCUUAAAUUUUAAACUGCAUAUAGAACAUUUAAUUUCCAAAUUAUCUAAAUGGUCUAAUUGGUCUUUUUUUUCAAAAUAAGGUAUCACCUUCCUUUAUCAGCACUUCUUUCUCUGUACAAAACUCAGUUUGAACCGUAUAUCAACUACUGUAAUGUCAUAUGGAGCAAUACCUUUCCCAGUUAUUUAAAAAAAAUUAGAAAGUCUUCAAAAAAAGAUAAUUUGAGCUGUGUCUUGGUCCGAAUAUAAUGCCCCCCUUCGGCUCACAGAGAUAAAUGUGUAUCAAAAUGCAUGUAUGAUGUUCCAGA